CGAAGCACCGGGAAGCCUCCCGCUUUCUUCUUCCUCUCAGUUCAGAGUUCCAUACCACAUUUCUUCCCAUGAGAAGUAACGCCGCUGCCAUGAGAACACGGAGGAGGAUCUUUGCAAGGAGAUUCAUGAGCUUCAAGGUCAACACCGGGAGUGAUGCAUUGAUGGUGUUUCACAUUACAGAACUACUUUGUGAUCCUCGCGGACUUCGGAGAAACUUCGCAACUAAUGGACUAGUUUGUUUUAUGAUCGUUCUAUCUUUCUCUAGUCGUGAUGCUUUUUAGUGUUGUUUUCGUGGACAUGGACUAGUUUGUUAGAUGAAACGAUGUUUCUGCCUCAUGAAGCUUGGUUUUAAUUUUGAUUGCAUCAUUUUAGAAAUUUAUGCUGAAAACCUUAUGAAUUCUUUUCGUUGAUGAUUGUAUCGAUAACUCGAGUGUUAUGCUUCAGGCGUAAAUGAACGAUGCUGAAAACCAGACUCCUACUAAGCGGCGGUUAUCAUCUGCCGUUGUAAGAAAUUAACCACUUCGGAGUAUAAACGAUUGGCUGCAAGGAAACGAUUGGUUGGUAAACUUAGAAAUGAAGCAAGAUAACUUUCGAGCAUUGAUGGAGGAGAUAAAUGAAGAAGCCAAAGGAAAGGAUGCAAGGAAGUCUCAGGAAGAAACAUCUGGGAGUGAUGCAGUCUGCCAGAACGAUGGGAAACAAAAUCUUUUGCGGCAGAGCGGAUCGUUUAGAUUGGAUGGAAAUAAAAGAGCAUCUAGGAUGGCUUUUAUGGAAUUGGAAGCCUCCAAAAGAGAGGAGUUGUAUGAGUAUCAGGAACAGAUAGGAGAACAGUAUGUUGCAAAUGUUGAGCAGGUGGAGUUCGGGAGGUGGCAAAAUGCAAGGAGGGCAAGAAAAGGACAUAGUGAUGUAUGGAAAUUGCAGGAAACCAUGGACAGAAUUGGAACAUCCCAGGUGGUAGCAACGAAAAAGACGAGGAUGAUGUGGAAGAUAUUAAAGUUGGGGAGGAUGAAAUAAUAGACGAUGUACCUGUGUAGCAACGAGGAUUAGGAUGAUGUGGAAAAUAUUAAGUUGGGAAGGACAACAUGAUAGAUGAUGUACUCGGGGUAGCAACAAUGAGAAGGAUAAUGUGGAAAACAUUGGGGAGGACGACAUAAUAGACGAUGUACUCGGUGUUGCAACAACGAAGAUGAGGAUGAUGUGGAAGAUACUAAGUUGGGGGGGACAACAUGAUAGAUGACGUAAUCGGGGUAGCAACAAUGAGGACAAGGAUAAUGUGGAAGAUAUUAACAUUGGGGUGGACGGCAUAAUAUACGAUGUACUCGGCGUUGCAACAACGAGGAUGAGGAUGAUGUGGAAGAUAUUAAGUUGAGGAAGGCAACAUGAUAGAUGAUGUACUUGGGGUAGCAAUAACGAGGACAAGGAUAAUGUGGAAGAUAUUAACGUCGGGGAGGAUGACAUAAUAGACGAUGUGCUCUGCAUUGCAAUAACGAGGAUGAGGAUGGUGUGGAAGAUAUUAAUGUUGGGGCGGAUGACAUGAUAGACGAUGUACUCGGUGUAGCAACGAGUAUAAUGAUAACAUGGAAGAUAUUAAUGUUGGAGAGGACAACAUGAUAGACAAUGUACACGUGAACCAACAACGAGGACAAGGUUAAUGUGGAAGAUAUUAACGCUGGGGAGGAUGACAUGAUAGACUACAUGCUCGACGCUGUCGAAGACAAUGGGCGCAGAGGCGAGGAACCCGAAAAAUCUGAAGCCAAUGUUGCAAGUCCAAACCCGAAGCUGUGCAGUAGAAGA